CGAACCGAACCGGUCUAAUUUCCUCACAUGAUAACAGCUAAUUUGCUUUAGAUAGGUUUGGCCCAGACGGUCGAUGAGCCCUAAUUUGUAAGUCAAGAACUUCUUCAGAAGCAGAAGAAACAAGGUCAAUUAGGGCUUGCAAGAGGAAGAAGAUGGUGAAAGUAUCUACCUUCUUUGGAAUGACAGUGGGUGCCUUCGUCUUCUGGCAAUCCAUGGAUAAGGUCCAUGUCUGGAUCGCCCUCCAUCAGGACGAAAAGAAAGAGAGAAUGGAGAGGGAAGCUGAGAUUAAGAGGGUGAGAGAAGAGCUAUUGCGGCAGCAACAAACACAGCAGUAGUAGAGAUAUGCAUUCAAAACCCUUUCUCAUCAAUAAUAAUUACAACUUGAGAGGAAAAGUGGAUCCUCGUGAACAAGAUUUUAUUUUUAUUUGUUUCUUACUUUCUGAAAAACAAGACAAGAUUGUGUUUGUUUUCUUAAAUCUCAUUAAGAUAAAUAUUUUGAGUCUUCUUUGAA